GGGUUCAUCUCCCUCUUUUAUUCGAAUCUGAUGAUAACCUGACUUGAGGUCCAACUUGGUGAAAAUUGUUGCUCCUCCCAACUCAUCUAAUAACUCAUCAAUAGCUGGAAUAAGAUAUUUGUUAGGCACUGUAAUACGAUUUAGGGCUCGGUAAUCAACACAGAACCUCCAGCUACCGUCUUUUUUCUUUACCAGUAGCACUGGGCUUAAGUAAGGGCUUGUACUAGGUUGUAUUAUCCCUGCCAUCAGCAUUUCUUUAACCAACUUCUCAAUCUCAACCUUUUAGGCAUGUCCAUACCUAUAUAGUCGUGUGUUUGUAGGUUGUGAGCCUUCUUUGAUGAUUAUGGAGUGAUCAUGAGUGCGUCUUGGUGGCAAUCCCUUACUUGAUUCACACACAGCAAGGAAUUCCUCAAGUAUCUUAGCCUCAUCGCCCUGUACAAUCAAUGGAACUUCCUCAUCAUGCUGCUGCAAAGUUGCUAACUCGAUUAAGUACCCUACUCCAAUCUCCUGAAUAUUUUUCUUCAUUAUCCAAAGUGAGACUUAGGCGUGCGAUAGGGAAGGGUCUCCUCUGAGGCAUACCCACUGUUUUCCAACUUUUAUUUUCAUAUAAAGCUGCCGCCAAUUCAUGCGUUUUUCCCCUAGAGAUACCAGCCACUCAACCCCUAACACAAGGUCCACGUUACCCAAAUUAAACGGGUAGAAGGAUUGUUCAAUCUUCAUCCCUUGUAUCUCUAAUUCCACGGUGGGACACUUAAGAUUAGAGAACACUUUCCGUCCAUCUCUGACAGUAACUACGUAUCGCUUAAUGGUCUUGGUUGGAAUCUUGAGCUCUUCAACCAACAUUGCAGCCACGAAGUUAUGCGUGGCACCACAGUCAAUUAACACAGAUACCUAUCUUCCGCGUGUCUUCCCUUUUAGUUUCAGCGUUCGUUUCCUCGUAAGACCCACUGUAGUAGCCAUGGAUAAUUCCAUGGACGCGAGCUCCUCCUCAUUAUUGGGCUCUCUCGUUUCAAUCACGGUUCUUUCUUCUGUUGGGCUAAUGUCCUUAUCGUCCAAAACCAAGAGCCUAUAUUGUCUAUUCUUACACUUAUGGUUUGGGCCAAACUUCUCUUCACACUUAAAGCAUAGGCCCAAUUCAUGCCUCCUGUUUAUUUCAGCUUCAGAGAGACACUUGCGUGGUAUCACACUGCUGCUACUGCUAAUUGACGAGGUGAUAGAGCUUGCCAGCUUUACUUGCGUCGACCUGGUAUCCUCGUUUGUCUUCACCCCCAGGUCUUUGUCAUCGGUGGCACGCUCAGAUUCUUAGACGUCUCCAUAUAAUUGAACUUAGGAGUCACGAGUUUCAGAUCACUCCAUCGGCUACCACCAAAUGUUGUUUUUGUUGCCCUGCUUUUCUUCUCCUCCAGUGCCUUUUCCUUAAUUCUAUUUCUAUCCUCUACCUGACCUGUGAAGUCCAUGAGUUCCUUUAAGGUCUUGGGGUGCAUAUGCCGUACAUCAGCUCUAAUUUCUUCAUUCAAUCUGUUCAGAAAGGCCCCCAUUAGCAUUUCAUCGGGUACAAUGGAUAAAGGGGCUGAUAGCACUUCAAACUUCUCUCUUAAUUCAGCCACUGUCGCUUCUUAUUUAAGUGCCAAAAAACGCUCGUGUUCUCCACCAAUUUGCUUACAAUGAAACCUGUCUGUCACUUCUCUUUUAAACUCCUGCCAUGAGUGCACUGGAGUGCGUGUGUCAAGCCAUUGGAACCACGCUAAGGCUUUACCUUCUAAACUAACCACAGUAGCAUCCAGCUUUUCCGUUUCUCCAACUCCAUUCACUGUGAAGUAUCGCUCUACCCUGAAAAUCCAUCCCAAUGGGUCCUCACCAUUAAAUAAAGGAAAUUCAAGUCGACGGUGUUUAAGACCUUUAUUUUGUCCAAUGCCUUCUCGGUCAUCAGUGUUUAACCCUGUAUCCCUGGUUUCAUUCCUUGGUUCGUCCUCCGGUGGAGGUGGCGGUGGUGAAGGUGGUUGAAGAGGUGGCGGGUUGUUAGCUUCUAUAGUGUUCUUCAACUCCUCCAACUGUCGCAAGAUGAGCACCAUUGAAGCUUCGACACUGGUAACUUUUUCUAUAGUCUCCCCUUAUUUCCUUUGCAUUUCUUCCACUACUCGUUCUAAAUGCUCAACUCUUCCCUCCAUUCUAGUACCAACCAUACCCCAGAAUAGAUGGCUCUGAUACCAAAAUGAUAGGACUAACACCAAUAACAGCUAUUUCUAGAGAUUAAUGACAGGAAAAUGAUGAAUAUUUCACUGGUAUCCUCUAUUAUGAAAGGAAAAUGUAGAGAAUACACUCACUAAUCAGCCUUACUCACUCUAGUUCUGGAAUGGGAACAAAGAAAGAAAAGAAAUGACCCCUGAACAACCUGGUUUUCAAGAGGCCAGGCCCUCUCCCCAAAGACGAUACUCCCUGCCUUCCUGUGACUUCCCUCCCUCCCUUUUUACCCCUCCACUACCUGACAGUGUCAGGUUUCAUUAUUUCCACUCUAUCCCUGUUCCUGGGUAUUUCCUUUGGGCCUUCGCUUGUAUACGUGGCCCUAAAUGUUGGCAGGCCUAACAUUGGGCUUUGCUAAAUAUGUUGAAUGGAGUGCAAAUAUGAUGGAAGAUGAUGCAAAGCGGAGGAUGAAGGAUGCAGAGCUUCAGGCAAAGAAGAGCAGGUUAAGGAUCUGGACAUAUAUACGAUCGGCUACAAAUUCAAAAGCAAUUCAUGACCUGAAUUUUACAGGAAAGGUGGUAAAGUUUGUAGGUGGGGAUUGCAUAAUUGUUGCUGAUGAUUCCAUCCCAUAUGGUAGUCCACUAGCAGAACGACGAGUCAACCUGUCAAGUAUCAGGUGUCCAAAGAUUGGCAAUCCUCCAGUCAUGCAUAAAACUGACCUGACUAUUUCUGGAAAGAAAGGAAUCCAUUCUGCCAAGGAUCCUCUAGUCAUGCAUAUAACUGACUUGACCAUAGCACCGGCCAAGAAAGCUGUUGAUUCCCAAAGAAACAUGCAGCAUUGCCUUUUCAUUUUUUUGGUAUCAAAUGUCCUGGUCAUGAUGAGCCAUAUUUUGAUGAAGCAAUUGCACUAAUGAGACAAAAGAUUAUGCAGAGGGAUGUUGAGAUUGAAGUGGAAACUGUCGAUAGAACUGGAACUUUCUUGGGAUCCUUAUGGGAGUCAAGGACCAAUAGCUGUACUUCUUGAAGCUGGCCUUGCAAGAGUCCAAACCUCCUUUGGCAUCCUGAUUUUCACCUUUUCGAGCAACCUGAACAAUCUGCGGCAAAAGCUUAAGAUUUGGGAGAACUACGUUGAAGGGGAGGAAGUGUCCCAUGGUGCAGCGGCUGAAAACAAGCACAACCGCAAGAAGUGCUCAAGCGAGGUGGUAAAUUCUAUGUACAGACUGUUGGUGAUCAAAAGAUAGCAUCGAUUCAGCAACAACUUGCUUCUUUGAGCCUUCACGAACCUCAUGUUCUUUUGUCAUUUUCUAGUAGACAAUUCUUGGUACGGGGCAAUGGUGAGUUCAAGCCUGAAACCUUAGCUGUGUAUUCAAGCCUAUGCAGAAAACAUUGACAGUUAAAUAGGGAUUGAAUUCGUGGGGUGAGGGAAUUCUCCUGAUGGUUGCUUUUUCGUAAGCCUGUUCCUCUAUAAAACUUAAUUUUCUUCACCCUAGAGCUGCUUUUAUUUUUCCUUACGUAAGAUGCUAAUUCCAUUUGAUAAAACUAAAGUGGAUUUCAUCUCAUUAAUCUGAUUUCAAAUUUUUAUUUGAUACUGCAUCUUUUUUCUUCUAACCUGUAAUGAUUCCAGGAUUAGUUAGGGUAUUAGAUAACAUCACAAGGCCACUCUUUAAACACAAGCAGGUUAUUUUACUUUUAUAAGCCACUUGUUACUUUAGUUAUAAAACUCCUCUCUUUAAUUGCUACUACUUUCUAUUUUUUUAACUUUAUUAAUAUUUGGCUUCAGGGAGCUGAUGGUGUCCUUGUUCCUAGAGGAUUUUGAGAUAAAGUAGUGUAAGGGAAAAUUCUUGUAGCUUAACGUACCUUAGCAACUGGAACGGUGGAAAGGCCAAAGUAAAUUUUGGAAGUUCAUUAAUUAUUCCCCGAGUUUUUCUUUUAUUUUA